GUUGUGAAUGUUGUGUACCUGUUUAUAGUUUUGGUGAAACUUCUGUCUUGUUGAUUAGACCGUACCUUUCCACACUGAAUUUUAAGAAAGUGUACUUUCUAUUUUGGAAAAUAUGGUUUGGAGGUUCGUCUUUAACUGUACUGUUUCGCGGGCAUUUGUGACUUUUCACGGGUCACUCACUUCAGCAGCGUUCGGCCAGACUGUUGCAUCCUUUCAGAGCUGCAUGGCAACCGCAGGAGGAAGAGGAGGAGGAGACUGGGUUCCCAUGUCCCCCCUCUUUCUCACCGCAGACCUAACGCAUCUCUCUUUUUUUCCACGUCCCUGCGUUUCCGCAUAACGCAGAUUCACAUAUGGGCUACACACACACUAAAACACACAGGCUUACACGCACACUCACACGGCUCAGCCAUUUGUACUCCACGCACCGGCGCAGCCUUGCAGAGCCGUGCGCCCGCGGUGCGCGCUCCCUGUUUUCAGACCACGACAGGCCUGUAUCGAUCAUCUCCGCUUCAAGCGCAGGCUCUGGUUCAUUUUUCCUUAUUCUGAAAUGCAAAUCAGGUUCUUCCCGUAGUAGCUGAGAGUGUGUGUGUGUGAGAGAGAGAGAGAGGGGGAGAGAGAGGACCCGCAGCAUCACCAUCAGAUGUGUAGAAGCACAUUCUUUGGAUCCUCGCCAUCGUUUCCUGUCGGUUUUUGCCCUUUUUAUGUUGUUUCCCCUCUUCCUCAGCAUCAACCGGGUUGUUGACGUUCUUUCCGCGGCUCUCUCGAUGCUGUGAUCCGGGGGAAUAUGUGAGGAUCAUGCUGGCGGUGUGGUGCUUCAUGGUCUUUGCUGCAGUGGGCGAGAGGCUUGCAGUCUCAGGUGCGGACAGAAGCACACGGGAAGAUGAAGACACGUGGAACUGGUUCACCCUACCUGGGUGGUCAGAAAACCAGGACGCUCCAACGGAGGUCACGCGGCCAAAGAGGUUGGUGCAGCAGAUCGAGUCGGAGGAAGAAAUGUCUCAUCACCACCUGGAUACCAGGGUGAAGAACAGCAGUGUGGACACAGUGCCUGUCCAUUUGGCCCGCAGCUGUUUCCAAGUUGAAGCCUUCGGACGCACCUUUACACUGGAGCUGCAGCUAAACCACCACCUUCUGUCUUCAGAAUAUGUGGAACGGCACUUUAACCAGGACGGCAGACCAGCAGAGUCCACGGGAGGGGAGCACUGUUACUACCAGGGGAGGUUACGAGAUAUCCCAGAGUCCUGGGCUGCCGUCUCCACAUGUCACGGCCUAUGUGGCAUGUUCUCUGAUGGCUUCUUCACAUAUGGGAUUGAGCCCAUACCCAACAGGACCAAUCAGGACGAUGGCUCUCAUUUGAUCCACAGGAUGCCUGACAUCAGACUUUCCUCUCACUGUACAGACUGUACAGAGGACAGUGAGUGGGAUAGCAGAGGAGGUGAUGGUGGUGGUGGUGGUGACAGAUCGGACCGAACCAGGGAGCAGCAGGGGUCUGGAGUCCUGAGGCGGGCCAAGAGAUUUGUUCGCAAGCCCUCUGUCCAGACUGAGACCAAAUACAUUGAGCUGAUGGUGGUCAACGACAAUGACAUUUUUGUACAGCUGCGUAGCUCGAGCAGCCAAACCAAGAACUUUGCCAAAGCUGUGGUCAACAUGGCCGACGCGAUCUACAAGGAACAACUGAACACCAGGAUUGUUCUGGUGGCCAUGGAGACGUGGACCUCUGAAAAUAUGAUGCCGGUGGUUGAAGACCCUUUGAUAACGCUGCAGAAUUUCAUGAAGUAUAGGAAGGACAACAUCAAAGAGCAGAGCGACGUUGUCCAGCUUUUCUCAGGUCGUACAUUUCACAGUAGCCGCAGUGGGACGGCGUACACCGGAGGAGUGUGUUCACCAAUGAGGGGUGGAGGAAUCAACGAGUAUGGCAGUGUUGGUGCCAUGGCCAUCACUCUUUGCCAGAGUCUUGGCCAGAACAUCGGGAUGAAGUGGAACAACGCCCGCAACUCUGCAGGAGACUGCAGGUGUCCCGAUGCCUGGCUGGGCUGCAUCAUGGAAGACACAGGAUACUAUCUGCCCAGAAAAUUUUCACGUUGCAGUGUUGAUGAGUACAUCCAGUUCCUGCUCCAGGGAGGAGGAAGCUGUCUCUUUAACAAGCCUAACAAGCUGUUGGAUCCUCCAGAGUGUGGGAACGGCUUUGUGGAGCCAGGGGAGGAGUGUGACUGUGGAUCCCAGGUGGAGUGCGCUCGCAGCGGAGGAGCCUGCUGUAAGAAGUGCACACUUACGCACGACGCGAUGUGCAGCAACGGACUCUGCUGCAGUGGCUGCAAGUACGAGCAGAGAGGUGUGGUGUGUCGAGACACUGUGAACGACUGUGACAUCCCAGAAACCUGCAUGGGCGACUCCAGCCAGUGUCCUCACAAUGUCCACAAGCUGGACGGUUACAUGUGUGACAGCAAUCAGGGCCGUUGUUACGGAGGACGAUGCAGGACAAGAGACGGGCAGUGUAAAGCACUGUGGGGCUACAAUUCGGCCGACAGGUUUUGUUACGAGAAGCUGAACGCUGAGGGGACGGAAAAGGGAAACUGCGGUCCAGGUCCUGGAGGACAGGGCUGGCUGCAGUGCAAUAAGCCGGAUGUCUUAUGCGGCUUCUUAUUCUGUGCCAACGUCACAAUGAAGCCGAAAUUUGGUGACCUCCAAGGUGAGGUGACCAGCUUCACCCUCUACCACCAGAACAAGUACCUGGACUGCAGAGGUGGCCACGCUCUUCUGGAAGACGGUUCUGAUCUGGGCUACGUAGAGGACGGCACCCCCUGUGGUCCCAACAUGAUGUGUCUGGAGCGACGCUGCCUCCCUGUGGCGAUGUUCAACUUAAGCACUUGUCCAGGAUCAAACUUUGGGCGCAUCUGUUCAGAUCAUGGGACCUGCAGUAAUGAGGUGAAGUGUAUCUGUGCCAGUGACUACACGGGGAAGGACUGCAGCGUCUUUGAUCCGAUCCCCAUACCCACGGUCCCAACAGGCCCCGAGAAGAAAGGUCCCAGUGGCACCAAUAUCAUAAUAGGGUCCAUCGCAGGUGCUAUUCUCCUGGCAGCUAUAGUCCUAGGGGGAACAGGAUGGGGAUUUAAGAACAUUCGGAGAGGAAGAUCUGGUGGUGGAUAAGACAACUGUCAGCCUUUCUGUCUCUACGUCCUGUCUCCUCUUGUCUUCCUCCUCGCACUGUGUCAUUUUCACAUUGGAGAAGAGGGGAACUGAUAAAAAAAAAAGAGAAAAUCGUCUUCCACUCCUGUCUCGAAUUCUCUCCAAACGUCUUCUAAUUAUCAUUUACUCCACUCCCCUCGUGUCCUCCGUUUGUGUUUGUCGCGGGUUUGCGGAGCUCCUAUCACCAAGCCACUGCCAGAAGUCCUCCGAAGAGUGUGUCCAGGCCUCAGUCAAAAUGUAGAGGUGGCUGUCCACGUGGGAGACACCAGGGUCUUCCUGCAGAAUGUGCUUCUAUGUCUGUUUACUUCUUCCUCCGAUCUGAGACGGCGUGAUAAGGAACAUAUCAGUGGCGGACCAAUCCAAUCAGAGAACUGUCUUUCCAACGUCUGCCUGCCUGAACACACCUCUAUCCAAGACGGACACCACUGGAGUUCCGUAGGAAUGUCCAAUUAGACGAGAGACUGAAAACAUGAAACAGGAGCUGGAAAUGUUUCCUUUUUUUGAAAGGAGAAGGACUCCAGGCUCCAAGCCUGAGACUGAUCAACGUAGGACAAAGUUCUGCUUUUAUCUAGUAACAUGGACAUAACCCAUAAGUGAAGGACUGGUGUUAGUGCAUUACAAAAGAAAGACGGUGGACCAGUGAAUGAACAUGUGCAUUCCCACAUAGCAAACUUGGUCCAGUCCAGUGAUGGGUCACACAAACUCUAACUUGGCCCAAGUGCAGAAAUUGGACCUAAUGCGACCCCACUGGGUAUCCAGAUUUGACCUCAUCUAGCCCAACAUGGGCCAGAUGAGGAUUCAUAUUUGUGGCCCACUGAGCCAUGCAUUUCUGGUCUACUGUAGCUACCUACUGUUGGAGAGUUUGUCACUUUCUCUUCAGACAAACCCAACAUGGGCCAGCUACGGUUGUUGUUUCUGGCCCACAUCCUGGAAGCAGAUGUAGAUCACUAAUGGCCUAUAAUUCAUUGCUUACCAAAAAGCAAUAUUAUUCCCUCAGCCAUAUAUAGUGAUGAAUCACAAGCUAACAUAUGGUAUUGACUACAGGUCAGUACUUGUGGCCCACAGAAGGCUACAACUGGUUGGCCCAUGCAACAUGUUGAAGCAGGAUUGGGUCAGAAAGAAGCCAGCUUCGAUUGUUUGUGGCCCAUGAUCUGGAUACCAAAUGCUGAGGUUAAACUGGGCCAGAUGCAAUGGAGGAAAAGGGUCACAUUUGGAACACAUUUUUGGCUCAAAUUCUGGACACCUCAUUCAGCCUGUAGUUUGUUGCCUGUCACCACACCGGAUCAAUAUGCUGUGUGGUUGUAUGAAAUAGUUUGUGCAGCCCAGGUAGUGGACCAGACCGUCUUUGCUCACUGGGUGGGAGUUUGAGUCCAGGCAUUGUGCACAAUAUUUCAAAAAAAAAAAAAAGAAAAGAAAAAAAUGUGAUUUUUUUCAAUUUUUGGAAAAUUUUCAACACUUAAAAGCAGCAGAGACCGUAACUUAGUGUUUCCGACCAACAUACAUUCCACUGUACCCGUAUGUGCUUGACAACCACUUUCAGGCCCAAACUUUGUACGUUAAGGAAGUUUUAAUGUGUGUGUGUGUGUGUGUGUGUUGCAUGAGUGAAUGGAAUGUAUCUGUGUGAGUUCAUUUUUUUCCAAAAAAAAAGAAAUAACAGAGAUAUGUGUUUACAGUAGUGUUAGGGUACACUAGUCCUGCCAGAGGUACAUACACAGGUUUUUACCUCGAGAAAAUCACUUCUUUCUACAAGUUGUUGUGCGCUGUGGCGCAUUGUUAAAAAUCAAUUUCAACGGUUCUGACGUCACACAUUGACAGAAAACGAGCACUAAAGCCAACUGUAUGCACACCCUUGUAAAUACGCGCAAAAUACGCUGAAUGUUAACGCACUGUACGAAAACGUAUGUAAAAGCUGUUUGAAAACCUUUAUGUUUCUGCGGACACAUCGCUAACGGUCUCUCAACGCGACCCCCACCUACGGCUCUCUCCUGCGGUCAACGCUGUCAGCCAUUACGUUUUGAAAGACGGCGGUGAAAUCAAGCUAGCCCACUCUUACGUCAUUCCAGCUAUCACGGAAAUGUCACAUGACUAUUUUGUACAUUUGUCGAUAGCCCUGAGCCCUGGGCCAACGCCACAGCCCAGAGACUUGAAAUUGAUCCUCUGCUGUAAAUGAGAUUAAAAUGGUUGUAGAAAUGGGCGGGCUCAGGAGGCGGCCGGUCAGAAACUGUGGGUGUCAAGAGGUCACUUUGGUUUGUUUGAGCUUUGCACUAUGGCGGAUGCACUAUUGUUAUAACAGUAUUAAGAGAGAAGGUAUCAAAUACAAUCUGAUUGUUGUGAGCUUGGGAGUAUUGGGGGAGGGGGAGGGUGGGGGUGAGAUGCAUCCUUCAUAUUUUUUAGACUAUCUUUUUGAAUUGAGGCGAAAAUAAAUAAAGGAACUAUGGCUUGAAGAUGGAGAGAAAUUAGGAAAUAAUAAAAUACUAAAACAUGAAAUCAUAUCCAGUCUCACGGGUUACUAAUUUCCUAAUGAUGUUUUAUGGCACCGACAUUAACGGCAGUUUUAAUGUUGAAAUCAAAGGUUUUUUUUUCAAAAAUAUAAUAUGACUUAAAAAUGCAAAGACAAUAAAAGAAGAAUUGUUCUGGAUUCCAGGAAAUGCUUUAGAAUUGACCUCACAGGGCUGUUGAAAUUCAUGUAAGACUGAAAAUUCAAACAUUCCCAGGACUAUAAUGCCCCCCAGUGUUCACAGAAAACAUUACAAAUACACUUCCUUUUCCAUUGCUCUGUAAAAUGUUUUUUGGAAGUAGUGUUUUGUCAUUCAGAACUCUGAAUUAUUUCUGUCUUUUUUACUUUUGUUUAUACUUUUAGAAAAAAGUGAGAAUGAGGUUUUGAGGAUAGAUGGUGCCUCCUUGUGGGCUGGUAAGGUGUUGCACUAGCAGGUGAGACAAACUGAUGCACAAAUAUAGUAAAGGCUAAUAAUUACAUUCCCUUGGUUUUCCAUUGUUGUGGGUGUAUUGUAGUAAUAUCCUUUAUACUUAGAAACACAAUUUGGGUGUACUGGAAUCCUUCAACUAUUCACUACCACAGCACAUGUACUGGAAUCCUGUCAUUUGUUCUCUACUGUUAAUCCUUUUCAGGGUCACUUGGAGCUGCAGACCCAGCAGUCAUGGGGCGACGGUGGGGAACACUCUGGAUGGUCCAGCAGUCCAUUAGAAGGUAAAAAACAAUAAAAACAAUCUUCACACUUGCAAUUUGCAUCUAAUAAUUAUUAAGUGAACUCUUAAAACUAAUCAAAACAAAAAAUAUUAAAAUAUUAAAAUAUUUUAAUUAUGACAAAUGAUCACAACAGCAUAAGAAAAGUCAGGGGUCAUGUCAGAUUCUUACACAGCAGAACUUGGGCUUUUAUGUUUCAUUAAAUAAAGACUGUGGGAGAAUCACUGACACAUGUCACUUGACAAAGGUGAAUCUCUGAAGACGUUUGUCCUCUGAUUCUUCAGGUGCGUGAAAGACGAGAAACAACACGAAGGUGAGUUAGAUUUCUACUUAAUACUGAUGGAGGUGUUGGUCCAUUUGUCAC